GGGCGGGACGCGCCGGGAGCGGCGGGGGCUGCGCGGGCCGCGCCGCCUCGGGUUCGGCCGCCGCCGCCCGGCAGCGCCGCGAGCCGCGCCUGCCGCCGCCACAGCCAUGGAGUGCAGAGACAAAGCUGCUGUUCCUCCAAGGAAACUCGUCCAAGCUCGGCUGCCCUUCAAGCGCCUCAAUCCUGUGCCAAAGGAAAAUCUUGAUGUGGAUUCAGAAGUCAAAAAAGUCAAGAGCUCCCCGAGUGCUUUUGUUCCAAGCAAGGAUCCGUCCCUGGAUGCUGCCGGUGCCUCCCUGGACAAUGUGGAGAACGACUGCCAGCUGGGCUCAGAGAGGAAUUUGACUCCAAAACUUGUGAAUGGGAAGGGUCCCUUGGACCAUUUCAUCCAGAAAAACCCAGGAGGUGACACAAGUGACCCUGGGGAUGUUCCUGACCCCUCCCAGGGCUCUGGCCACGGACUUGGGGACAGCACAGAGCGGGGGGACGUGGAUUCUAGAGCUGUCACCAACGGCACGAUAGGAAAAGAGCUGGAGCAGCUGAGCUGCCUGAACUCCUCCCAGAGCAGCCCUGCAGGUGACUCCAUGCAGACUGAGGGGCCCUGUGCAGCUGCAGCCCCAGAGGAGGAGCAGGAGGAGGAGGAUUUGGGGACCCAGCCGUGCUCCGGGGCAGUGACAGGCAGCAAGGGCGCUCAGGACAAACUGAAGGAUGUGCUGUUUGAGGGGAAGGUACCCGUGGUGCUGCUGGAGGACAUCAUGAGCCUGAAAUCCCCCCCAGUGGCCUCUCUGGAUGGCAGCAGCACGUCAGAGAACGAGGCCCUGGAGUCGUCCCACGAGGGGGACUCGGGGCUCAGCCACUCCUCGCUGAGCUCCGGGAGCUCGCCCGACGUGCAGCUGGUGGCAGAGUCCAGGAGGAACACGAGUCCUCUGGCUGCCUCCACACCUGCCAGGAAGGUACCUCAGAAAUUCCACAGAAGUUCAGCAGAGAAGGAGAAGCUGAGAUUGCAAAGAGACCAGGAGCGUGCGGACAAGCUGCAGAGGCUGCAGGCAGAGAGGGAGCAGAAGGGCAGGCUGAAGGAAGAGGCAAAAGCUGCAAAAGAACGAGCCAAGGAGGAGGCAAAGAAGAGGAAAGAGGAAGAGAAGGAGCUGAAAGAGAGAGAAAGGAGGGAAAAGAAGGAAAAGGAGGAGAAGGAGAAAGCUGAGAAGCUGCGAGUGAAGGAGGAGAAGCGCAAGGAGAGGCAGGAGGCUCUGGAGGCAAAACUUGAGGAGAAGAGAAAGAAAGAAGAGGAGAAACGGUUAAAGGAGGAGGAAAAGCGCCUCCAUGCACAGAAGGCAGAGAUCACCAGGUUCUUCCAGAAACCAAAGACUCCACAGGCCCCCAAGACCCUUGCUGGCUCCUGUGGGAAGUUUGCUCCUUUUGAAAUUAAGGAGAACAUGGUCUUAGCCCCCUUGAGCCGUGUUGCCCUGGAUCCAGACUACCUGGAGCAGCUGGAUAAGCUCCUGCACGCCCAGAAUGGUGAAGGUUCUUUCCUGAGGGAUCUGAAAUGUCGUAAACCACGAAAAUCUGGGCCCACUUUGGUCAAUGACAGCAGUGACAGUAUAAACAGUGACGUGGUGGUGGUGGACAGCUGCCAGGCAGAUGCUGUCCCUGAGAGGGAGAAGUUUGGCAGGAUGAAGCUGCUGCAGUUCAGUGAGAAUCACCGUCCUGCCUACUGGGGCACCUGGAACAAGAGAACCCCCCUGAUCCGAGGCAGGAAUCCAUGGUCCAAGGACACUAAGCUGCUGGACUAUGAAGUAGACAGUGAUGAAGAGUGGGAAGAGGAGGAGCCAGGGGAAAGUCUCUCCCAUAGUGAAGAGGAUGAUGAAGAGGAGGGAGAGGAUGAAGAUGAGGACGAUGGGUUUUUUGUACCCCAUGGGUACCUAUCUGAAGAUGAAGGUGUGACAGAGGAGUGUGACCCAGAGAACCAGAAGGUUCGUCAGAAGCUGAAAGCAAAGGAGUGGGACGAGCUGAUAGCCAAGGGCAAGAGGUUCCAUGUGCUCCAGCCUGUGAAGAUUGGCUGUGUCUGGGAAAGGGCAGCAGAGGACAGCAGCACCAACACGGACCUGAAGGUGCUGCAGCAGUUCACAGCCUGUGUCCUGGAUCCUCCUGUGCCAGAGGAAGAGCAGCAGACACAGAAAUGUAGCAAAAAAAGAGCAAAAGAUCAGCAAAUCCUCGGGCACCUCCUGCCUCUGCUGCACGGGAACGUGCACGGGAGCAGGGUGAUCAUCCAGGAAUUCCAGGAAUGCUGCAGGCAGGGCCGCUUCGGGGAUGUGGAGGGGAGCCCCCCGCCCCCGCCCGGGGGGGAGGACAAGGACAAGGACAGCGGGGUCCCCUCCAAGGCCAGGCUGAAGAGGAUCAUCUCAGAGAACUCUGUGUACGAGAAGAGGCCCGAGUUCAGGAUGUGCUGGUACGUGCACGCCGAGGUGCUGCGCAGCUUCGGCCACCUGCAGCUGCCCGUGCCCUGCCAGUGGAACUACGUCACCCAGGUGCCCUGUGCUGCCAGGGAGGAGGGGGGCAGCGUGCCAGGCCCGCCCCUGCCCCUGCCCACCCCCCCUGCAGCCAAGAGGAAGGCCCUGGGCAGCAUGUGCAUCACCCAGUUCAUGAAGAGACCUCGGGAUGCCGAGCAGGCUGCAGAGAUGGAUGGAUUCCAGGCAGACACUGAGGAAGAUGAGGAAGAUGAUGACUGCAUGAUUGUGGAUGUACAGCCAGGAAAAGGUUCUACAGCUUCAGAAUCCAGUGGCACAAGAGCUGCUGCCCAGGACAGCAGCAUGGUCAGCCCAGCUAAUCCAAUUUGACAUUUAAAU